AUAAAUAAAAUGUACUUAUAUUAAAUGUAGUUAAAGUAGAACAUGUGAAUAAAAAGAAAAUGUAAUACAGAGUGGAAAAAAUUGCAUGGAAAUUACUACCACACUUUGCAUUUCCAAAACUAUGACCCAUUUUCCCUUUUCCAAACAUAUGACUCAUAUAAAUGGAAAACCCUAGCUUCUCAAACAUACAGACAUUUCUUCAUUUGAGACUUGUGCUUCGUUUCUCUCCAUCUGCUGCCGACCCACCGCACCCCAGCCGCCGACGCCCCGCCAUUCCACCGCACUUCAGCCGCCAUUGCCCCACCACUCCACCACACUCUAGCCACCGACGCCCGACGCUCCACCGCACUCCAGUGCCGCCGCCCCAAUGCAACUCUUCUUCUUCUCAUUCUUAUUCGUCGUUGCUUCUUCUACCCGCCACUGCCAUCACUGCAAUUGAAGAUCAAGCAUCGUCAUCGAUGGUCGGGCCGCCCUGUUUCACGAGCGGCGAUUAGGUGACGACGGCCAGGCGAGCGACGGCCAGGCGAGCGACGGCUAGGUGACGAUGGCCAGGUGAGCGAAGGCAUUCAACAGAUCUGUGAUUUUGACGGUCAUUAAAGCUAGGAUGAGGUGGGCGACGACAAGUUGGCGGUUACAGACGGUGGUGCGGUUGGGGGCUUGGGUCAGAAGUUGGGGCUUAGGUGUAGGGUUGGGGUCUGGGAGUUUGGAUCUGGAUGGGAUGGUGGUGCAGAUCUGUGGGUUGGGGUGGCGUAGGUUUGGCCUGUGGGACAAGGGUACUGGGUGGCGGAAGUCACCGACGGUGUCCGAAUUUGGGUGGAAGUCAUUGAGUUAGUGAUUGGAGUUGGGUGGAAGUCAUAGGAUUAGUAACCAGAGUUGGGUGGCAGUCACUAGUAGUGACCGGAGUUAGGUAGAAGUCACUGGUCAGUGACGGGAAGUCACCGAGUUAGUGACUGGUGCCAAAGGCGGUGGUGGUGCUGGUGGCGGCCCAAUGGUGUUGGGGUCAGCAGGCCGGAGGUGCGGGUGGCUAUAGAACAUGGACCACUAAUCAAAUGUAUAAAAGAAAUAGGAGUAUAAAAUAGAAGGAAUAAAUGACUUUUAGUCACAUAUUUGGAAUAUUUUAAAACAUGUCAUAUUUUUGUUUUUCUAUUCAUUUUAGUAAUAUUGAAAAAAAGGCCUACGGAGUAUCAUACUCUGUGUAUAACUAUGUUCAACAUUUUUUUUCUUGUUUAUUUCAAAAGAAAAAGUAGUAAAUUUAUAUGUAGUGAUAUUCAUUCAAGUAUGGAUAAAGUUGAAGAAAAAGUUUAGGCAUACUCGGGCGGGGCCCAAGUAUUUACGUUGUUUUUUUCAAACUAUUACUCUUACAGAAUUUUUUUGUGAUUCCCAAAAUGCAAUAAUCACAAAAAUUAUAUCGUGAGAUUGUAACACCGUGUGCAUUGUUUACCCAACUCAAUACAGUGUAAUUUUAUAUUUAGGUGCUAGAGUACUGUGGUCAUCAUCAAUGGCGGAUGGUCUUUGUUCAAAGGUGUUCAUGUGAACGUUCAAAAUUUUGAAAAUAAAUUGCAAGAAUAGAUGUAUAG